UUUCAGGAUACCAAAAAACGGCAUAGUAUACCAAUUUUUGGAGCAGACCAAAUAUGGCAACUGCAGCUCCAGAAUCUGACAACAAAGAGAAAAGCCCUCAUGCUGAAGAGGAAGAGGAAUCGGAAGAGGACUCCGAGGAAGAGGAGGAACCCAAGCUCAAAUAUGAAAGGAUAUCUGGUGACCUGCGAGAAAUUCUGAAGAGAGAUGGAGCAUCUUGCAUUGCUGCCAACUCCAAGCUGAUGAUCAUCGGUACCAACUGGGGGCGAAUUCAUGUCCUCGAUCAUCAAGGAAAUAAGGUCAAAGGAUUCCAUCCCCACUCGGGUCCAGUGACCAUGAUCGACAUGGAUGACAAUGGAGACUACGUAGCAUCCUGUUCCCAUGAUCGAAAGGUUGUAGUGCAGGGUCUGUACACUCUUGAAAAUUCUCACAACCUGACUAUGGAAUCACCUGUCCGUAGUGUUGCUCUGGAUCCCAACUACCACAAACCACGUUCGGGACGUCGUUUUGUCGUUGGUACCAAUAAGGUGACACUGUAUGAGAAGGUAAUGUUUGGCCAGCUGAAACCAACUGUGCUCAGUGAGGGAAGUGGCCCUGCUCGUGCUAUGAAGUGGUGUGGGCAGUUUUUAGCCUGGGCAACUGACUCUGGGGUGCGUGUAAUGGAAAUGAACACGAGAACGGUCAUCACUCUGAUCAAGCGAGAUCAUAGUUUAGCUCUGCCAUGCGAUCAGUACCCACCACAUCUUUGCUGGCCUGAUUCCCGAACGCUGAUUGUGGGAUGGGGAGACUCUGUGAAGGUGUGUCGUGUGAGAGAGCGAGCGAGUCCUUUGUCGAAAGUCUCCCCUGGGUUGGUGGAUCUCCCACCGUAUUACCUAGAGAUUGUGUACAUGUUUACAACUGAUUUUUAUGUCUGCGGGAUCGGGCCUCUGGAUGAACAUGUGGUAGUUUUGGCCUACAACAAGCAAACAGAUCUCUCGUUAGCAAGCUUGGGAGUGGACUCUCGAAGGCCUCAGAUGAGAGUCUUGGAGCCGCUUCAGGGAACUUUCGAAGAGAUUUCAAAGGAUGUUCUUGGAAUCAGGUGCUAUCAGGAAUAUAAACCUGCCAACUAUCAUUUAGUAAGUCUAGUGGAAGACAGGCAAUUCUACAUUGUUUGCCCACAAGAUGUUGUUGUUGCAAAGCCACGGAGCUCAGACGACCGUAUCGAGUGGCUCUUGGAGCAUGAGAAAUUUGCUGAUGCCCUGGAAUUGGUGGAGACGUCUCGAGAAGUGCAUCGCUACAACGUCCUGACCAUAGGCCGCACGUAUUUGGAUCACCUGAUGGCCCAAGGAAGUUACCAUGAAGCUGCCAAAUUAUGCACCAGAAUAUUAGGUUCUGACAAGGCAUUAUGGGAAGAGGUGGUAGUUCGGUUUAAUCGUGUACGACAGCUGCGCGUGCUUAGCCCUCACCUGCCUCUUGGCCAGGGCGUGAACCUAGACCCUGUGGUGUAUCAGACUGUACUCUUAGACUUGCUUCAAACAGACCAUGGGGGCUUUCUUCAAGUGGUGCAAGACUGGCCUGGCCAUCUCUACAACGUGUCGUUUGUGAUCAAUGCAGUUCUGGAAACGCUCGCUCGAAACACAAAUAACCUUGUUCUGCUUCAGGCGUUGGCGCAUUUGUACUCCAACAUCGACAAGCAUGACAAAGCAUUAGCCAUUUACCUCAAAUUGAAGCACAAGGAUGUGUUCCACUUGAUAGGCCGUCACAACUUGUAUGGCUGUGUGUCAAAACAUGUGAUGGAGCUCAUGUCCUUAGAUAUUAAUUCAACGCUGGACAUCUGCAUUCAGCAUGUUGAUAUCAUUGAGCCCAAGAAUGUUGUUCGGGCUCUGGGUAGCAACCAGUUCUUCUUGUAUAAGUAUUUAGAUGCCUUGUAUGAACAGAAGCGGGAGGAAAGUCAGCCUUUCCAUGGUCAGUUGCUCGCCUUAUAUGCCUGGGGGGAUCGUAGCAAACUGUUGCCAAUGUUGCUGACUUCAGGAGCGUAUGACCUCAGUCACGCACUGGAAGUUUGCCAGUCUCGUUGCCUCACAGCUGAAACUAUUCAUCUCUUGAGUCGGAUGGGUAACAGUGUGGAAUCGCUGAGGCUCAUAUUGGAAGAGGAACAAGAUAUUAAUUGGGCCAUAAGACUUUGCAAAGAACACGACGAUGCUGAUUUGUGGAAUCGCCUCAUUGAGCAUUCCUUAGACAAGCCUGAAUACAUUCGAGAGCUUUUGAACAACAUUGGAACGCACAUUGAUCCCAUCAUGAUCAUCAGACGGAUACCCAACGGUUUGGAAAUUCCGGGACUCAGAGACGCCCUGGUUAGGAUUCUACACGAUUAUGAUCUCCAGAUACAACUAAGAACUGGAUGUCAGACUAUUUUAGCAGAGGACGGCAGUAACCUCCUCGCUAAGCAGGUCUCGAUACAGAACGCUGCUCUACCUGUAUACGGCGACACUGUGUGCGCUGCCUGUAACAAGAAGGUUUUGUCGAGUGGUAACAGCACUUUAGCCCUGUUCGGAUGCCGCCAUGUAUACCAUGAAGCUUGCUUAUCAGAAGGUGAUUUGCAGGAUGUGUGCCUAGUGUGCAGAAAAGACAAGAAGAAACUUUUCCUCAAUGCUUGAGUGUAUGGUUAAUCCUAUGCGUGAUUGACUGAAUUUUGUAUUUCAGUAGUUUAAAGAAUAAGCUCUGGAAAAUGUUAUGUACAUAGAAGCAGUUGUUGAUUACAGUUUGCUAUGUGAACAUAAACUGUGUAAGAAUAAACAUUUGCAGUGGUGAUUUUGAUAAUCAUAAAGGAGUUUAACCAGUCUACUGGAGUCACCAAUCUCGUCUUCAUGGAAUGAACUCUGAAAAUCGUUCAAGAGUAUCAUAAAUAGAGUGAAGUGGAAAUUGGAGAAAGACGAAGUUGGACAGUAAUGUUGGAAGGCUAAGAAGAGGAGAUUAAUGACAGAAGCCAGAGGUGGAAAGUAAUGUAGCCAAGACCUUGAAGGACACUACAGAGCACCUCUAGUUCCUCCAAUAUUGUACUGACUGAAGCAUAGUAGCGUGCAGUAACCUUAUGGGAAUCACAUUGUUGAGAAGAGCCUUUAGUUUCCGUUUGAUUUGUUGGCAAUGUAUAGUCUUAUACUUUACAGUAAAUUGAACUUUCAGGAAGAUGACCAAGAUUAUAUGCAGUUGAUACAGUUGAAGAUUUUUGACAAGUCUAGCCAAAAGUUCCCCAUCGAUUGUUUAAGAGUAUAACAUAGGCUGUUGGUCUUGAAGACUACGUACUUUUGAUAGAGAAGAUUCAUUCCAUUAUUCCUCACUUUAUCAGUCUUUGUAAAACCGCCAGUUUUAUUUAUUAUUUAUAUUAGUAAUUAAGUCUUUAUAACUGCAUUUCAAGGCUUGUCUCACCUGAAGGGUUUGUUUAAAAAAAGGACUGAGUUAGUUUUCAGGUGGACAGCUAAGCAGGAAGGUAUCAUUGAGGACUGUUGAAAGAGAAAAUUGUUUACCUGUGGAGUUGGUAGUUUAAUCACACAAAAAACUAACAGCAUGAUUAUAUAGAAAAUACCUACUGGUUUUUUCUUUCAUAGAUAACUGUAGAAAUCAAGAUUUAAUGAGUUACUCCUAUGUGCCAUGCUGAGAACUCUUGUAAGAUUAUGUUUUUAAAGUCAAGGCAGGAAUGACCAGACUGUCACUCACAACCCACAGGUAAGGUCCUUUCAUUAGUAGAUGUACAGUAGCUUUUUUUUCUUUGUAAAUAUUCCUGUCAUCUGUAGAUUUUCUCUUUAUAGUUAGCUGUAAAUACUAGUUAUUUUUCCUUAAUUUGGAUUAUAUACUUGCCAAAAUAGCAGUCAAACAAAUAUGCUGUACUUAAUUCCUUAAUUUUCAUCUUAAAACUAGGUAAUUGUAAAAAGGGAACCUGUAUUAAUUUUUAAGAAAACAUUUAAAUCAUUUGAAAGCUGUUUUGUCCUUUUUGGAUGUAAAGAAGCAUCUUGCUAAGAAAAAAAAAGAGAGAGACACACCCCCCUUGAUAUUAGAUUUUAAAUGAAAACACAUUAUGGAACUCAUCAUUACACUGUUUAUUGGAAUGCAUUUUGCCUUAUAUAAGAGCUUUAUUUUAACAGUUUAAAGUAAAAUGUAUAAAAUUAAUUUAAAAGAAUGUGUGUAAGUAAAGAUAUACUUGUGAAACAUGAUAAAUAAUAUACAUUUUAUAUUACUGAUAUUUCUUCA